UCCUGAAGGGUGAGGUCUUGCCAAAUAACUAGAGGGAGUUCACCCUGCCCCAAACCCUGGAAGACCCCUCCAGACCCACUAUUGUUGAGGAUAACAGCAAGAUGCUGGGGGGUAGGGUGCAGAGCCAGGGUUGAGCCUGGUUCAGACCUGGAAAGGUACAGAGAGGAAUAAGAAGGGGCCAAGAGGUUCCAAAGUCCAGAGAAGGUCCUUAAGCCUCUCAACUCCUCCCAAGUCCCAGGAACCCAGAUGGUCCCAAGCAAGGGGUGAGCCCGGUGUGAAUCAGAGCCCAGCCUGUGAGUCUGAGCUCAUAUUUCCCUGAAAGGGAUGGAUUUUGCUUUCUACACCUCCAUUCCAACACUGCACCAGCUCUUCCCUCUGAAGUAACAGCUUGCCAAAAGCUUUCUCUCGGAGCACAUCCAGCCUUCCUGCCUUCCUACCUGCCUACCUGUGCAGCAUGCCGACUUUGCAACCCAAUGGGGACAAGCUACGAGAGAGCCUUCCCAGCCUUCCUAGGCCCGGCAGGGCAGUGGGGGUGAUAACAUCUAUCUGGAUGCUCUGCUGAACACUGUUCCCACGAAAGCCCUUAGUGCCCCUGAUGCCUUGAAGCCUGGCAUAGCCCCUAACUGAGCCAGCCACAUCGAUCUUAAAAGCAGAAUUUUGUGGGAGUCCUGCUCAUUGACCUUGGAGGUAGCUGGCCCAGGCCCUUUGGCUUCCCUGACGGUAGCUGACCACUUAUGACCUCAAACCCUUGACAUGACUCCAGGCCAGAGGAAUGGACAAGGCAGGAACAAUAGACCAGUCUGGGAUUCAUGAGGUCAUGCUCUAGAGAAAGCACUACCCUAGGCAGGCUACUUCCUUCUGAUCCCAGACCUGGUUAUACUGACCCAGGUCCUCUGCAAGAGCAGAGCCUUUUCUUUUCUGGACUCCAGGCUCUGGCGCCAGCCUCACACUUGUACUUUUGACAUCUACUCUUCCUAUUACUGGCCCUACAGUACCAAGCACAGCCAAGACAGAGCAAAGGACAGAAACAACAUAGGAACUAAGCUCAUUGUCCUGGCAGAAAGGGCCUUUGAGAGGUAAGGCCCAGGUCCCAAGUACAUAGGACAGCUGUAGAACUCCUACCCACUGAGGGAGAAACCCAAGAUACAUGCAGGUAUGUGCACAAGAAAUGAAGGCAGGAGAGAGGGCUGGUGUACCUCCUAUCCUCCCAUAGCCAGCCUGGUUGUGCUGACCACCUCCUGCAGUUUGAUCACUAGUGUUCUAAUAGUCCCCUAGUAGCAGAGGGCAGAGCAGCUGGCCCAACUCUUAGCCUAGAGGGAGGAUGGUUAAGAAGACCCUCCGAGAAGCAGCAGGCAUUCCAGGUUGAGGGAGAAGUGGUGGUUCCCAAUGAAUGCGACCUUUAAAGCCAAAUGUUUUUGGAAAGUGAUCUGGUUCAGUAGCCCAGAGCCAGGUGCUGGCUCCAGACCAAAUGGGCCAUUCCCCAGAGGUAUCCACAGGGAGGAUCCAUAGCAAAUGUCCUUGAAUGGUGGUUUGGAAGGCCCAGCAUAUUAAUGGUGUAAAUCCCCACCCCUUUUUACCUUUCCAGUUGUGGAGUGUGAGGGUGGAUUCUCCUUAUCCUGAGAGGCCACAACCCAGUGCAGCCCUGACUGCAAGUUUCAGGAGACCUGGUUUGUGGGUGGGGAUGGGGAAAACAGGGGAUUACUGGUGGCUGGGUGAGUUGGUUACAAGACAGACAGACCCAUGUCCCCUGCCCAGAGAGAUUACUGAUCCUCCUAAGGCUCCCACCAAAAAUUCUUGAUCCUUGAUAUCAAGGAGAGAAAGGUGUAUGUGUGUGUGUGUGUGUGUGUGUAAGUGCUCUCUCAAACUUCUAUUGGAAAAAACAAACAGAACAACAAAAACGGAGAGCAGGGAGCAAGGAGGGAAGCAUACCAAGGUGGGCGUGACCCUGAACCUUCAGCUGACAAGGCCCAGGGGCGUGGCCUCAUAAAUCUGAGCGGGUGUUGGACUGAGUUCCCGUGGUCUACGAAACAUGGCCCCGGGGCUGUCAGCCACACAGGGGAUCCUGCUGCUGCUGCCUCUCCUGCCUCUGUCGCAGGUGACGCUGGGUUCCGCGGACGGCAACUGUGACCCCUCGGAUCAGUGCCUCUGUCCCCACAGGUGCCCGCCCCAGGCCCGCUGGAGCAGCCUAUGGCAUGUGGGGCUUAUCCUGCUUGCUAUCCUCCUGAUGCUUCUGUGCGGGGUCACAGCCAGUUGUGUACGAUUCUGCUGCCUCAGGAAGCAGCCGCACACCCAGACACAAACACCAGCAGCAUGGCAGCCCUAUGACGGGACAGUCAUCCCCAUGGACAGCGACAGCCCGGCUCACAGCACUGUGACCUCCUACAGUUCCGUGCAGUACCCACUGGGCAUGCGGUUGCCCCUGUACUUUGGAGAGCCAGACCCUGACUCCAUGGUCCCCCCCACCUACAGCCUAUAUGCUUCUGAGCUGCCACCUUCCUAUGAUGAAGCUGUGAAGAUGGUAAAAGCCAGAGAGGAAGCAGCAGCUCCGUCUGAGAAAACCAACUCUGUGCCUGAGGCCUUGGAGCCAGACCACAACACCCAGUGGCCCUAAUCGUGCCUAUUUGAAAGGGUGGGAGUUCUUUCUUCUGGAGCCAUUAAACCAUAGCCUGGAUUCCUGGCAGUUAGGACCAAGGAACCCCACCUGUGUCAUCCUUCCCCUGGGAAGGCCAGCCAUCCAGCACAUUGCUGCAGACUCGGCCUCAUUGCUAUGCAAUGCCCGGCCAGCCAGCCUGCCCCCGUAUUGGCCCCUCUUCUUCACCCCUCCCACCCAUCUGGGGCCCAACAGACCUUCAGCCCAGAGGAGCCUGGAUCUUGGGAGCCCAAGCCCACUGGCAUGUCAGCCCUUUGAGGGGAAAAUAAAGUUUAUGUAAACAUGG